AUGGAAGACGUUGGGAACAAGUUUUUUCAACUUUUGUUGCAAAAUUCCUUGUUGCAAGAUGUUGAGCUAGAUGAGCACAACAAUAUAACACACUGUAAGAUGCAUGAUCUUGUGCAUGAUUUGGCUGGAGAUAUUUUAAAAUCUAAACUAUUUGAUCCGAAGAGCGUCGGAGGAGAAAAUCUUUCUCAAGUUCGAUACUUUGGAUGGGACUCACCAAGUAAUCAAAUAGAUAAGAUAAAUGAGCCAAGGCGUUUGUGCACAUUGUUCUGGAGAAGCGAUAUAUCUAAAGAUAUGCUAUUGAGCUUUCAGUUCUUGAGAGUUUUAAAUUUGUCCGAGUCAGGCAUCAAGAAGUUAUCAGCCUCAAUCGGCAAGCUAAUAUACUUGAGAUAUCUUGAUCUCUCCAACACAUUGAUCACAGCCUUGCCCAACUCCAUUUGCAAGCUCUACAAUUUGCAAACAUUUAGAGUCAAUGACUGCUCUUUACUCAAGGAGCUUCCAGAUGAGAUGGGAAAUAUGAUAAGUUUGAGACACAUAUAUUACAAAUCUUAUAGAGAUACUCCAAGUUGGGGAUCAUGGUGUAUUAGUAAUGAGCACUUUCAGAUGCCACUUAACAUGGGACAAUUGACUUGUCUUCAAACCCUACAGUUUUUCAAGGUGGGUUCAGAGAAAGGUCGUCAAAUAGAAGAAUUAGGUUGUUUGAAAAACCUUAGAGGUGAAUUGACGAUCAACAGUCUGCAAUUGGUCCGUAAUAGAGAAGAAGCUGGAAGAGCAUAUCUACAGGAGAAACCAAAUAUCUACAAGCUGGCAUAUUUAUGGUCCCAUGAUGAAUCAGAAGGCUGUGAGAUCAAUGAUGAGUAUGUUUUGGAUGGUCUUCAACCGCAUCCUAACUUGGAAAACUUAGCGGUGGUGGACUAUUUGGGAACUAGAUUUCCUUCAUGGUUCACUGAAGAAUUGCUACCAAAUUUGGUCAAGUUGAAAUUAAGUGGUUGCAAAAAGUGCAAGGAAAUUCCUUCACUUGGUCAACUGAAAUUCCUACGGCAUCUUGAGCUGAUAGGAUUCCAUGAGCUGGAAUGUGUUGGACCUAAAUUUUAUGGUGUUGAGGUUAACAAUAUUGGAUCAAGCAGCAAUAACGCCAACAUCCAAGUGUUCCCAUUACUCAAAGAACUAGUAUUGAAGGAUAUGCCUAGUCUUACUGAGUGGAAGGGAAUGGAAUUGUUACCAACAAGAACUGGUGGUAGAGACGGACUUGGAGUGAGAAUGUUUCCUGUGCUUGAGAAGUUGAUCAUUAGUAAGUGUCCACUGUUAAAAAGUACUCCGAAUCAAUUUGAAGUCCUACGUGAAUUAGAGAUUGAAGGAGUUGACAGUGAAAUGCCAUUGUUGAACUUGUGCAGCAACUUGACAUCUCUCGUAAAGCUUGUUGUCGAGGUGUGA